GACUUCGGGCCUCACUGCCCAGCCUCUCCUCCUCCCGGCCACCAGCUGUCAACCUCCCUCGGGAUGUGUUACAACAAACUAUUAAAACAUGGUGGAUUACUAUGAAGUUCUAGGUGUGCAGAGACAUGCCUCACCCGAGGAUAUUAAAAAGGCGUAUCAUAAAUUAGCACUUAAGUGGCACCUACAUAAAAAUCCUGAAAAUAAAGAAGAAGCUGAAAGGAGAUUCAAACAAGUAGCUGAGAUGUAUGAAGUGUUAUCAGAUGCUAAAACACGAGACAUGUAUGACAAAUAUGGAAAAGAAGGAUUAAAUGGCGGAGGUGGAGGAGGAGGAAGUCAUUUUGAAAAUCCAUUUGAAUAUGGAUUCACAUUCUGGAACCCAGAUGAUGUCUUUAGGGAAUUUUUUGGUGGAAGGGACCCAUUUUCAUUUGACUUCUUUGAAGAUCCAUUUGAGUACUUUUUUGGAAAUCGAAGAUGGACUCGUGGAAACAGAAGCAGAGGUUCAGGACCCUUUUUCUCUGCAUUUGGUGGAUUUCCAGGUUUUGGAAGUGGACUUUCUUCAUUUGAUACAGGAUUUACUUCAUUUGGUCCAGUGGGGCAUGGAGGCCUUUCUUCAUUCUCUUCUACAUCAUUUGGUGGUAGUGGAAUGGGUAACUUCAAAUCCAUAUUAACUACAACUAAAAAUGUAAAUGGCAGAAAAAUCACUACAAAGAGAACUGUUGAGAAUGGUCAAGAAAGAGCAGAAGUUGAAGAAGAUGGCCAGUUAAAGUCCUUAACAAUAAAUGGUGUAGAAGAUCAAGAAGCUUUUGCAGCUGAGUGCAGGAGCAGAGGACAGCCUGCCUUAUCUUUCCUGUCCGGUGUCCUUUCUCAGAAGAGUAAUCGACCUAGUGCUGCUCCCCCCAGACAUGUGCCUCAAAAUAUUUCUGAGGAGGAGGAGCAGGAAAAGCCUCGUGUCAGCAGCAGCUGGGAGUCCCCCAUUUUAUUAUCAGGACACAAAGAAGGUGGCAAGAGGAAGAAACAGAAACAGAGAGAAGAUCAGAAGAAGAAGAAGUCAACAAAAGGGAACCAUUAAAAUGGACUUGUCAGAUGCCACACUACCUUUUCACCAUAUGAUCCUAUAACAUUUGAACACAUCUCUGUGUGUGUG